CUUUUAUAAACGUGGGUCAUUGCUAAUUUUGGUGUUGACAACAGCAGUAAAUCUGACAUAUUAUUUCUUUGGUAUUAUUUACAAUCAGUUAAAAGUAGCAUCUGAUCAGACAUUUUCUUUCUUUUUAGAAUAAAGAACGUAAUUAAGUUUCUAAAGCGCGUUUUAUAAAAUUUACCGUCGACGUCCCAAACUUGAAACUGCGUUCACCUAACCACAGAUGAGUCAAAAUAAACAGAUGUGCUGAAGCAACCUACCUUAUUCCUUGAGUAUUAUAUAUGGAAGAUAAAGAAUUUAGACUUUGCCUUUUGAAAUCAGCAGUUGAAUAUUUGGAUUCCAGUGGAAAUAUACCACAUGUCAAAGUACUUUGUAGACAAUAUAAACAGAUUCAGGGUAUUCUUGUGUACACGUUCAAGAUCCACCUUGACCCCACUGUUGUCACUGAACAAAGCAGUGCACUUGGAAAUUUAGUGUUGGGCUUUCCAAUAAAAGCAGCUGACAUAUUCCAGGAGGUUAUUUUUCAGCUCAUUCAGCAGUUCAGUUUGCUUCCUGUAGAUACAACAGAGUCUCAGAUUUCAGUUGUACUUCGACUUACCUGUUUGCCGGCACCACUGCAGGUCUUACAGGUUUCAAAAGCCACAGAUCUUUCUAGGAACACUGGACAUGCAGGAUUUAUAAAGUUAACUGGAGUGGUCACGGGCUUCACUGGAAUAUCUAAAUACACGCAAAGCACGAAGUAUCUCUGUCCGUAUGAAGACUGCGAGGGCCAUUCAGGAAACCAGUACAUCAGAAUACACAUCCCAGGGGCAUCGGAAACGCAGACGAUUAGAAAUGACUUUAAAUGCAGGUUUUGUGGUUUAACUCUUGUUGAAGUAAAGUCGGCACGCACUAUAUCAGAUUGUCUACUGGCAGAAAUCAUACCCGAUCACUUGUUCACUGGAUUUGGUAACGCUGAGAAAAGCUUUAGAGGACAGUCUGUUCUAGUUUACCUCAGAGAUGAUUUGUGUCUCAAAGUUCAACCAGGCCUCAAAUAUGAAGUCAUUGGAUUGGUGAGAAAGGAUUUAAUUGGAGAACAAGUGACUCUGGCAAUUGAGGCUAAUAACAUCAUAGAGCUGAGUCGUGUUGCAUUACCAAGUGUGAUAGUGUCCACAUUACCUAAAAGUAUUACUAAUCUGCUUGCAGACAGACAGAGUUCAGCCUGGAGCUUUUCACUCAGUCUCGCAUACAUGUUUGCAGGUGAUAUUGUACCUCCAGGAUCAUUUCUGAAAUUGAAAUUAAGUCUGUUGCUGAGUUUGGCUGUAGCAGCAAAUAAUGAUAAACAGCUGCAUGUUCUUGCUAUGGGGAAGGAGACUCAGUAUCUACACCGACUGAUGGAAUAUGGCAAGACGUUUUCUAACCAGCCUGUUACAUACACAGCCGGGAACUAUCUCACUGCUAAUGUGACCAGUGACAGACAUGGCAUGGCUCAAUACUUCAUUGAAGUUGGGUGUUUGCUGCUGGCGGCUGGUGGUGUGUGUUGCAUCAAUGAUUUGUCUCGGCUGAAGAAAUCUGCACGAGAGCAGUUGCAGUCAGUUCUUGCCAAUAAUAAAAUCAGCUUGGAACUGGGAUCAAAGCACACAGGAGGUCUUCCACAAUAUUUGACUUACCCGCUGCAGUGUCAAGUGUGGGCGUUUGCCGAUUCUACCACCCACAGAAAGCCUCAAAACCAGUCAGAGGUUUUCAUCCAUGGAGAAACAGGAAACAUCUCAAAACUCAUGCUUGAUGCAUUUGGAUUGGUUCUCUUCACAGAUGCAACAGACAGUUCUUCCAUCGAUGAUAUUGAUAACCAAAUGACUUGUUUUACAAUUUAUUCUGCCAUGAAUCCCGGAGAAAUAAAAAAUCUGAUACCUAUCACAAGAGAAGAUUUUUUGGAGUUUUUCAGAUACAUCCAACAAAUCAGAACGAAGAUGACAUCUAGUGCUGAGAAACUGCUUCAGAAUUAUUACCUCACCAGCAGGAGAAACAGAAGUUCUAGAGCUGACAGUACUGAGGUUCCGGUGACAGCUCUUCAAACACUAAUCUCUCUGUCCCAUGGACAUGCAAAGCUCAGUUUGAGGAGGACAGUGCUAGAAGAGGAUGCGGUUAUAGCCAUUAGACUUUAUGAGGAAACACUAACUGCAAGAUUAGGAUUUUCUGUUUUGAGUGUCCAGCCAUGUCCACAUGUUCCCAGUAACAAUAUUGGUGGUCACUUAGGACAUCAGAACGAUGUCAUGAUGAAAGAGUUCCACGUACAUCUGCUGAAAUUGUGUGCCAGUGCAUUCAGCCCAUCUGGAGGGCCAGAGGAAUAAAUAUCAGUAUUUGUGCACAAUAAACACUUCAAAGUAUUGAAAAUGAUUUGUUCCCUCACAGUAGUGAAUAUAUAAUACAAUUACCAGUAACCACUUGUUACUUGUGGACAAAUUAUCAUAAAUAAAGUGAUUACAUUAUUAUUUAUGGAUCGGAUAUUUAAAAAAAAAUUAAGAGGUUUAAUCUGUGAUAUUAAACAUUUGUUAAGAGGUUUAAUGUGAUAAACAUUUGUGUUAAGAGACGAGGUUUCAAAAGAAUACAUUGCUACUCAAGGUAUAGGACCUGUGGUAAUUAAUCUAUGCAUGUUUUUCAUGGGUAAUUAAUAAGAAAGUAUUUCUCAUUUUAAGGAUGUUUCUUGUCUUAAUGUUCAAAGUUUGUUAAUAGUAUGAAAAACAGUUACCGUAAUCUGUAGAAUAAAAGAUGUUUAGUUUUC